AUGCGUCUCGCGACAGCUGGAUUCCCUCUUUUCAUCGCCGCCACGGCUACUCUUGUCGCUGGGCAGAGCACGAAGAAAUGUGCCGCGCAAAAUGUCGUCGAUCGAUGUGUCAUGGACAUGCAAUUCCAACUCGAAAGCUGCGCAACAUAUGAUUUCGAAUGUCAAUGCAUUCACAGCACCAACGUGGUCGACUGCUACAACAAUUGUCCCGACCUCGUCGAAGGCGUCAGUGCCCAAACAGUCCGCCAACAAGCCUGUGCCAACGCCAAAGCCUACGCCACCACCACCACCCUCGCCGCCGCCCCCAGCAUGACCGCUGACUCGCAAGACUCAGCUUAUGCCAGUGCCUCUGUCUCCCCCACAAGUGGUCCCCACAGUUCCCUGGCCACGGGGACUCCAAGCGGUCUUGAGGAGAACAACGCCGACAGCGACAGCAGCGACGACGUUUCCGGUUCCAGUCCCACCAAGUCAUUGACGGGUCUGCAGGAGGAUACUACCAGCAGUGCGACACCGACGUCGGGUGCUGCUGUGCAUGCUGCCAAGGGGGCGGGAGCGUGGGUGGCAUUCUUGGGGUUGGCGUUUGGGGUGCUGUUUUGA